ACUGAAAGAAAUCAAAUAGAACAUGUUUCUAUAAAGUACAAACAGUUACCAUAUCACCAAUUUGUACUGAAAUUUCGAGUGCCACACUUGUAAAAGUUGUGACGAUUGGCGUAAAAAGAUUAUGAAAUAUAAUUGAAGUAACGUAUAAUUAGCAGAGUAGUUUGUUUGGCAGUCACCAGCUGGAGUAUAUUGAGAAAGACAAAAAAUGAGACAUGAUUCUUACCUACUAAUGGAGACAAUAAUUUUCAGAUUGUUUUUAUUGAUGUUGACUUUUGAUGUCACUGCUUCCUAUCAACCAUAUGUUGCGCCGUUCUUCUUCAUGUGUAAUUACCAUGGUAACGUAAACGAAUUAGGAAUAGAAAAAGGAGAAGUGGCCCUUAGUGUAUCUAUAGAGGGUAACCCAGAUUUGUACAUUCCUGGAAAACUUUAUAAUGUAACUAUCAGAUCAACGGUGAAUUUUGACGGAUUUUUCCUUACGGGGCUUUACACACUUACAUCAGAAGCCAAAGCUAGGAUGCAAGGACUUGGUUUCCUAGGGAAUACUGGAUCUGGAAACAAUUUAAUGUGUUCAAUCGUCCAUUCCCACAUAACCCGAGAACCUCAGCAACAGCUGUCAUUUAUGUGGAUGGCGCCUCCUAGCGGAACAGGAUGCGUUAGUUUUCUGGCUACCGGAACAUUACAUUCACAAUUAUUGUUUAAAGACACAACAGUAAUGCAGAUGUGUGAGAAAGGAGCUCCAACAACAUCUCCCCUUAGACCAGAACUUGCCGUUCUUCAUGGAAAUGGCGUCAUAUUAAGGGAUGAUUUUGAUUCAUCGCCAGAUGUCAACAUGCUUAUUUGGCGGGAGACACUGGGAGUUAAUAUUAGUCGAGAUUGUGGUCACAUAAUGUAUGGAGAUUCUAGUUGGCUGUGCCAACGUUAUGGUGAAAGGAAACUGGUGACGGUACCAAUGAAUACAACUUCAGCUGCUGUCAUACAGUUUGCUUUAUCGGCAGGAAGAUGUCAAGUUUCGGGAACAACAGAUUUUAAUAUCACAGUAUCUUAUGGACUACAGAAUUGUACAAUAUGGACCACAAUAGAUUCUCUAAGUAUACCGUCAUCAGAAACAGAGGUCCACCUUGUAAACCUCCCAAAGGAAGCUAGAGGGGACAGAGCCUGUUUAAAGUGGGAACAACUGUCUAGUAAACCAAAACCAAAGACAACAACAACAACAACGACGAUUGCAACAACCACCGAAUCAUUGACAACAAUGGAAACAACAACUGUGCCAUUUCCAACCUUGGAGACAACAGAAAACCUAACAAGCACAGCUUCAACGACAACUACUACAACAACAAAAAGACCUCGCACGAUACGAUGGGAUAUUUCUGACGAAGGGCAGCCAGACUUCAGUAGUUGUUGGGGAAUUGACAAUGUGUUGGUUGUCAAUAUAGCUGAUAAACCCAGUCGCAUUGAAGAAAAUUUUGAUCCAAUUGACCCUAGCAAUUGGCUUUUCUUUCCUGGAGGGAAUAUUAGGCAAAAGUGUCGAUCUGAGGAAAAUACUUUGUUCUUCAAUAUUGAAAACCAAACAGUUAAUUACGCAGUAACACGUGAUCUCGACCUAUCAGUUUCUGAUGUUACCCCGGAUUUAAUGCUAGAAGAACAGUUUGAAUCAAAGAAUCAACCAGGCUGGAUGAUUCGAGGAGGUCGGGUUGAUGUUAUUUGUGGUGUUCUCUAUCAUGCGAACUCGAUGGUGUUCGAUGGAGCGGGAGAACGGUGGGCCUGUACUCCGUAUCUCGAUACCAGAUUGGCGGGAAAUCUUAGGUUCUACUUUGGAUUCGGCAGUGGUCGUUGCCAAGCCUUAGAUUCUCCUGAAACAAACGUUGAGGUUUACAUUGAGGACAAGCAUGGACAUAAACCGGUGUUACGAAAUCUCACAAGUAGAGAUUUUAAGGAGCCAAGAUUAAUAUCAGUGCCUAUAAACGGCAACCAAAGACAGUCUAAGGCGCGGAUCUGCUGGGCACAGGAGCACCAUCGGGGUGUAGAUCUCGACGUGUGGGCAAUUGAUGGAGUACAGGUCUUACCACACUUUCCCCGAAGGUCUGAUGUAAAUAAAAUGGUACAGUUCGAUCUUAAUUUGAACUGUGGAAAGAAUGCAACUAGAAAUGUCGUUGGUUUAGAAGCCUCUACAAAUUUUGGGAAAUCAUGGUUCACAGUUCAUGAACCGUGUCUCCAUUACAACUGUGGCGGGAAGCAUCAACCAGUGUCAUCAGAAUACGAGAGCGACGACUUUUUAAGCUGGAAGAGAGUAACUUCUCCUCUCCCCUUCGCUGCUCUGGUACCUCAUGUCAGAUUUCGAUGGAAUGGUGAACACCAAGUUACGCCUAAUUGGGCUUUAGACAAUGUAUUUAUUGGAGACUGUGAAAGCGGAUGCCAUGGAAAUGGACAGUGCACAAGAACAGGAUGUAGGUGAGAGAUUUUACAUUACUUGAAGGUACAGUAGUAGUUUUUUCUUCUUUAACACAAA